AUGGAUGACUCAGCAAACAAGAUUGAUAAAGAAAAUGAUCACUACUCUGAAUUUGAUGAGGAAGAUACUUGUGAUGAGGAAGAUGUUCCAAGUUAUGAUACAUUUAAAGAUGAAACAAAACUUGAACUUACAAAAGAGGCAAAGACAAAACAGAAGCAGGAGAAAGGGUCGCCAAUUGUUUGCCUCAUGUGUAAGACUGUAUGGAUCAAAACCAAAAGAGGAGGGAGGUUGUUUAUGUUUGGAGGAACAAGACCUUUCAUGGCUAAAUUUGAAGCUAAGCUCAGAGCUUUGAUGGGUCAGGAAGAUUUGUUAGCACUUCAGAGAAAAUAUUCAACUAAAUUUGGGAGAAGUUACAUUUGUCGAGAGUGCUACCUUUUGGUCAGACAAACCUAUGACAAUAUCAGGAGACUGCAACGUGAUGUUUCUAAAUCUGUACAAAGGAUCAAGUCAAUUAAAGGCAACAUGUCUCCACCUAAGGAUCAAGCUGAUUCAGGGUCCGAUCAAGAUUUAGAGAUUAAUUAUCAAAUACAUAAUGUCCAGAAGAAGAAACUUCCACCACUGGCUGAAAGAAUCGCAGAGAAGAUUGCAAAUCUGACAUUAGUGAAGAUCAACAGCAAAGUCCCAGUGAUUUUGUUAAAAGCAGUAGAUGAAAUGCUAGAUAGCAAAACACAAGUCAGUCGUUCUCAGACUAAUGAUAAAAAUUUACAAAAUACUGAUAAAAACACAAAUCCUUGUGUGUUUUACGAGAGUAGUAGCUGUGAUAAAGUAAAUACUUUAAUGGAGAAUAAACUGCAGGCAAGACGAUAUCACAUGCCAGUUAUGAAUGAUGUAGAAACAAGGUUUCUAACAGAAAACAGUUUACUGCCUGAAGGGAUUAAUUCAGUGAUUAAAGAUCAACAAACUGCAAGAACUCACAGUGACAAUUUGUACAGUUCAAAAGAAGCUGCUGAAUGUAGUGCAAUUUCCUUAAACAUGGAAACUUCAUUUGCUUCUCAAUUUUCGGUUAACAAUACUGCAUCACAUGAAACAUCCAGUAUAGCAGCUUCUGAUGUGGAAAAUAGCACACGGAAUAAGGUGCUGGCAUUGCUACAUGAUCCUGACAAUCAAGAUACCAUUAAUUCAGACACACUUUCUAAAAGUAAGCCAAGUCAAGAAGAACUGGCAGAGAUUCUCGCUAAUCCACUACUUCUGAUAAAAUCUUCACAGCCGAUAAAACUUGCAGAAGUGAAGAAUGACAGUGUUUACAUCUGCGGAGAAGAUGGCUGCGAUUGGAUGUUCAGUUCCAAAUUUUUCUGUGAGAACCACAUCAGACAUUAUCAUCGAGCUGGCAGACCAUUCCUAUGUCCAUUCCACGGCUGUGAAAGAAGGUUCACUGGAAGAAGCAAGCUAGAGCUUCAUGUCAGAUCACACACUGAUGAACGUCCAUUUAUUUGUGAUAAAUGUGGAAGUGGGUUCCGAGGCAACCAAGAAUUGAGGGCACAUCGUCUGACUCACACAUGUAAGCUGGUUCGCCAUCUCCAGUUUCACGAUGGGGAAGAGUUUCCAUUUCCUUGCACAUAUCCAGAGUGUGGGAAGGCAUUCAAGAGCAGAUACGAUCUCAAGUGCCACAACCGCUUGCACACAGGAGAGAAGCCAUACAAAUGUCCAGAACCAGGUUGUGGCAUGGCAUUCAGAAUACCUUGUCAGUUCACUAUGCACAAAAGAACCCACACUGGAGAGAAGCCUUUUACAUGUACAGAAGAGGGGUGCUGUGCUGCGUACAUCUCCUCCAAUGCCUUGCAAGCACACAUGCUUAGCCACACCUCGGAGAGGCCAUUUUGUUGUGAAUUUUGCGGCAAGACGUUUAAGCACAAAAUGUUGUAUCGAAUGCAUCUUAAAAAACAUUCAGGUGAAAAGGUUUAUGAAUGUAAAGUCUGCUCAUGCCAGUUUGAAGACAGUGACAGUUUCAAAGAACAUAAAAGAAUUCACAAAGGAGAAAAGCAAUACAUGUGUGAAGAAUGUGGUCAGAGAUUUAGUAGCCAGGUUUCUUACAAGCAUCACACUAAAAUCCAUUCUAGAGAGCUGCCAUUAUCAUGUCCAGAGGAAGGUUGCGGCAAGGCAUUCAGUGACACUGUUUCUUUAAAAGUUCACAAACAAACACAUUCAAAACCCAUUAACCUGUGUACACAGUGUGGGAAAGUGUACAAGUUUAGUGUGAGCAAACACAGAUAUAUGAACAACAUAAUGGUGUCAGAGCUACAACCUCAGUCAUAUGUGAUGGAAGUUGAAGAGGCUGCAAGAGUCAUGCGGCACAACUUUGGAGCUCCUGAUUCCAUA